CUACUGAAAUUGUGUUCGGAUCUCAGUAGACAUGAGUAAGAGCCAAUGUAGUUAACCGUUUCCAUGUGUUCUGUUCUGCUCAAUGUUUCGUGACAGUUUUUCCUCGUCGCUUUCCCGUGUACCUCUAGCCUAGCCUAGCCUAGCCUAGCAGUUGUGAAUGUAAUACAUUUCUGUACUUGCAGAUCUCCCUAGUGCUUCAAAAUUAGUUGUUGAAUAAAUCGAAACCGUUACUGCCGUAAAAUUUUAAUAGUGAAAUAACAGAGUAUAUAAUAUAGAAUCAGAACUAAAUGCAUUUAAAGGUUAAACAUGUCGAUGAUAUAUGGGAUCAAAGUCCCGGUGUUGAUCUAUCCGAUGUUACGCUACAGUUAGGAAAAUUAGAUGUGAGAAAACGUGAAAUCGCAGAACUGGACAAAGAUGUAGUUAUAAAACGGGUUGUUUAUGCUGAGCACACCACCAAAGCGAAGGAUUCCGUAGUCUCGGACUCCGCGGUUCGAAGGAGUAUCCCGAAGCUGAACACUUUUCCCCGCACCAAGAAGCAACUGAAGGACAGUGAAUGUGUUCUGAACUAUCGGAAAAGGCGUUUCUUCCACAACUACAGCUUCAAUUUCCAUAAACAUAAGCAAUUGAAGAUAAAAAUAGCUGCAGCCGUGGAAAAGAAAAACAUUUUCUCGAUCGUUGGGCCCUAUCCCGCUCUACGGAAAGCACUCAAAAAACGUAACUGGCUAGAAAAACAAACUGCUUCGAAUAGCCUAGUACAAAAUCUAUCCGUACAUUCGUUACUGCACAAAGCACAGGAAGGAAACGAAUACGAAGAAGCAUUGAUAUCGAAAAUUCUCAAACCACACAACGCGGAUUUCAUCUGGCAAAAUCGUCACAUGAAAGAAACCAAGAAAGAUCGCUUCUACACGCCUUUCCGGAGUCGUAUUUAUUAUGAGCGCAAUUUCGAUUUUACAAUGAAGGAAGGUCUAGUGAAAGUUACCGAGUUCAUCCAAUGGUUUCAGGAAAUGGGCGUAGCAGAACUUGACUGUCCUCGUACGCACCUUUUGGACACGGAGGAUGCCAUCACCAGAUUUCUCGAAGAUUUCCAGUUGACGGCGUGCACCAGCUUCCUGUACUAUUUAUCAAAGUUCCUGGAUUCGCUGUUCGACGAAAACGGUACCAAGACGGUCGGCAUCAUCCAUACGGCCAUGAAGUAUUGCAAAUAUCAUCUGGCUUGUGGUCGCCACGAAGACGUCGAUUAUCAGGAGUACUGUGAGCCACUGCUGACACCCGAAGAUAGAGCCACGAUAUCCGACUUAUUACUCAAUGGAGCGCGGUUUGAACCACUUCCAGGCCAUGAAAUUCUAUCGUUGGUGGCACAGGUGAAGAAGUUGGUACUGGAAGCUGCCAAACAGUUCCCGGAUAUGAAAAUCGACGGUGUGCGGAAUAUUUGGAUACUUAAACCGGGAAACCGGUGCCGAGGGCUAGGCAUCAUGAUUUUCAACGAUGACCGGAAGCUGCUCAACUACGUCGAUAGUAACUCGGAGCUGAAAUAUGUUGCACAGAAAUAUAUCGAAAAACCCCUGCUGAUUCAUAAUACCAAAUUCGACAUCCGGCAGCAUUUCCUAGUGACCUUCACAGGCAACCAAUUGAGGAUUUGGAUGUACAGAAACUGCUAUCUUCGGUUUAGCUCACGGGAGUUCAACCUGGAAGACUUCAAUGAGGCGAUCCACUUGACAAACUAUUCCAUCCAGAAGUACUACGCCGGCACUCCCCGGAAGCAAGAUUGUCCACUUCCGGCGUGUAACAUGUGGUCUAGCAAACAGUUUGAACAGUAUCUGCAAUCGAAAGAUAAGGGCUACUACUGGGAACGGAAGAUUUAUCCGGAUAUGAAACGGAACAUUCUGUCGGUUGUGGCCGCCAGCCUGGAUGGAAUGAGAAUAGAGCGAAAUAUGUUUGAGCUGUACGGUGCGGAUUUUAUGGUGACGGAAAACUACCGUACGAUGCUACUGGAAAUCAACUCGAGUCCGGAUUUAUCCUCGUCAACCGAAGUCACCGAGGUCAUCUGUCCAGCAGUUUUAGAGGAUCUCGUUAAAGUGGUAAUUGAUAACACCAACGACAAACGGGCCAGCACAGGUGAUUUCGAAUGUAUUUACGCGGUCGAGAUUCCACGUGUUGCUCCGUACGGUUACGGUUUGAUUGUGGAGGGCAAAUCUUUGGGCCCGAAAAGUACUUGCAGAAGCCCGCUAGCUCCCCUUGGGCCUCCGAUGUGUUCACUGAAUCGGAGCCGCACUGCCAGAACGACGGGAUCUCCAAGUUCAACGCCAAACUCCUCGAAACGCUCAAGCGCAAACAAUUCAGUAGAAAGACCACGUUGAAGCUUUUUAGUCAAUGUUUAAAAAAAAAAAAUCUCGCUCAUUGUUACCAGAAAAAAAACUCAUGUUAUAUAUCAGCUGUGGCUUGAUAUGUUUAA